AUGGCAUCAUCAUUGGACAAGUUAGCGUCCUAUCUCAACGAAUAUAAAAUUGUUAAUUCGGUUUUUUCCAAUUACAGCCACGACAAAAUUCAAUUGUUAACGCGAAAAGGAGUUUUCCCCUAUGAGUACAUUGACUCGAGGGAAAAGCUCGAUGAAACUCAAUUACCGUCAAAAGAAAAUUUUUAUAGCACUUUGAAUGAUUCUAAUAUUUCAGAUAAUGAUUAUGUACAUGCGCAAAAUGUGUGGAGUGAAUUCAACUGUCAAAAUCUUGGUGAUUAUGUGUAUUUGUACAUGCAAACCGAUGUAUUGUUACUCGCGGAUAUUUUUGAAAAUUUCAGGGAUCAGUGUUUACUCGCGUACGGUCUUGAUCCUGCGCAUUAUUAUACAACGCCAGGACUGACAUGGGAUGCCAUGUUAAAGUAUACGAAUAUAAGAUUGGAACUCCUCACAGACAUCGACAUGGUAAUGUUUAUUGAACGCGGAAUAAGAGGUGGAGUAAGUCAAUGCACCAAUCGAUACGCGAAAGCUAAUAAUCCGUACAUGGAGAAAUAUGAUGCAAGUGAGGAGACAUCUUAUAUCGUAUACUUUGACGCAAACAACCUAUAUGGUUGGGCCAUGAUUCAGUCGCUUCCCUUUGGUGGCUUCGAGUGGGUAGAAAAUGUUGACAAUAAUUUUGAUUUUAAUGUUGCAGAUGAUGCACCAAUUGGUUACAUUUUAGAAGUUGACUUAGAUUAUCCCGAGGAAUUACAUGAUAAACAUAGUGACUUUCCGUUUUGCCCUGAACGCUCGAAGCCACCAGGGUCCAAAGAGGAGAAGCUCCUAACUACCCUUCUACCGAAGAGAAAGCACGUUCUCCAUUACCGAGCAUUGAAACAAGCUAUUACCAACGGCCUUAUUUUAAUUAAAAUUCAUCGCGUUUUAAAAUUUAAUCAAUCCACAUGGUUAAAAAGCUACAUUGAUUUCAAUACCAUGCGAAGAACUAAUGCUAACAAUGAAUUCGAGAAAAACUUAUUUAAACUAAUGAACAAUGCGGUAUUCGGAAAAACAAUGGAGAACGUGCGAAAACAUGUAGACAUUAAACUUGUGACAAAGUGGGAGGACAUGAAAGCAGAUAUCCACAAAUACGACACUUCCGAUUACCCUGUAAAUAACGUUUACGGUAUUCCGCAAGCCAACAAAAAAAUUUUAGGUUUAAUGAAAGAUGAGUGCAGUGGAAAAAUUGUUACUGAAUUUGUUGGCUUGCGGAGCAAAAUGUACAGUGUGCGAGUGGAAGAUCAAGAUUUUAUUAAAAAAGCAAAAGGUGUGAAAUCUGCGGUUGUAAAGAAAACUAUUACCUUUGAUGACUACACAUAUUGUUUACGAAAUGUUAAAAUGCAAUCGCGAACUCAAUAUUGUAUCAGAUCGAAACUUCACAAUGUUCAAACAUUAAAACAAACAAAAAUAGCUUUAAGUCCUUACGACGAUAAAAGAUUUCUGUUAUCCAAUAGUACCGAUACCCUUGCAUGGGGACAUUGUAAAAUUACACAAAUUAAUGAUGAUGAAGCUAUGGAAUUGUAA